CUGACACCGAUCAUCGGCGGGCCUUUGCUCCGGGGAACGCCGUCUUUCCUCAUGUAUUACCGGAAGAGCCGAAGCCUGCAGUCUUUGGUUGGAUUUUCCUUUUGAGAUUAGGCGUUUGUCUCUAACAUUAAUCGUGCAGAAGGAGGAUUUUUUUGGCAGGUUGUUGGACGGAAAGAGACAAAGCGCGGAUAUUCUGACGUUCCUGUUGAUGCAACUUUGUUGCAGGUUCCGUGCAGGAGUUGCCAUCCACCAUGCUAAGAUAAAGGCACAGAGCCGUGUUCUGAAGAUGCUAAAGCGACUGGACAAGAUAAGGUUCAGAGGACAGAAGCGUGAUGAGUUCCUGGACAUCGCAGAGUCGCCCAACGCCUCGGACAGUGAAUGCAACGAUGAUCUCUUGACGAAACCUCCAGCCCCUGUCAAAGAUGGAGAGGAGAUGCGGGACCCUGCUGGUUCAGGGUCCAUGGUUAUGGCUGCUACUAUCCAGGACUACCAGAGGACCGAGGCGGAUAGGCUCAAUGAGGUCAAGGGUCACCUUGAGAUCGCCUUGUUGGAGAAACAUUUCCUUCAGGAAGAGUUGAGGAAACUUCGAGAGGAAAUGAACGUAGAGAACCUGAAGCAGGAGCUGGAGAAAGAGAGGCUGAAAAGACUUGACCUUGAACAGAAAAUGAAUGAAGUCCUAAAAGCCAGACCUGAGGACUCGCCACCGCCUCCUUCCAAAGCUCACGGUUCUGCUGUGAAUGGAACAGGAGAAAAGCAGAAGGAGUCUGUGAGCUCAAAGCUGUGGAAGUGGCUGUAUGAGCGCUUGGGCGUGUACAUAGAGGACUUCCGCUUCCAGCCUGAGGAGAACAUGGUGGAGACGGAGGAGCCACUCAGUGCUAAAAGAUUAACUGAAAACAUGAGACGACUCAAACGAGGGGCUAAGCCUGUCACUAACUUCAUGAGGAACCUUUCUGCCUUAUCCAGCUGGCACUCUGUCUACACAUCAGCCAUCGCCUUCAUUAUCUAUAUGAAUGCUGUGUGGCAUGGCUGGGCAAUUCCCAUGUUUCUCUUCUUAGCUAUCCUCCGCCUGUCUUUAAAUUACCUCAUCGCGAAAGGCUGGAGGAUACAGUGGAGUAUCGUGCCUGAGGUGUCUGAGCCAAUGGAGCCUCCAAAAGAAGACUUGACCGUCUCAGAGAAAUUCCAGUUAGUGCUGGAUGUGGCACAGAAAGCUCAGAAUCUGUUUGGAAAGAUGUCAGAUGUUUUGGAGAAAAUUAAAAACCUGUUCAUGUGGGUACAGCCCGCAAUCACUCAGAAGUUGUACAUCGGCCUGUGGGUGGCGUUCAUCACUUCCUGCCUGCUGCCAUACAAACUCCUGGGCUUCAUCAUCGGGCUCUACGCUGGAAUCAAGUUCUUCAUCAUUGACUUUAUGUUCAAGAGUUGCCCCAAACUCAGGGACAAAUAUGACACACCGUACAUUGUAUGGAAAAGUCUGCCAACUGACCCUCAACUCAAAGAAAGGCACAGCGGCAACAUCAGCAGACGGCAGAUCCAGCCUGUGGUCUCACGUGGCAGCCUCGGAGCCGGAGUGCCAUGUGGAGUUGGGCGCGAUGAGGAGAGUGGCCGUGCCUACAGCACCAAGAGAGGUCCCUUCCAUGAAGUCUUCAACCUGUCUGAGAAUGAGCGCCCCCUAGCAGUGUGCGAGCACGGAUGGCGUUGCUGUUUAAUCAACCGGGACAGGAAAAUGCCUACUGACUACAUACGGAAUGGCUACCUCUAUGUGACCGAAAACUACUUAUGCUUUGAGAGCUCCAGCUCCCGUUCCACAUCCUCUAAGAAGAAUAAAGUCAUCAAACUCCAAGAUAUUACAGACAUACAGAAGUAUAAGGUUUUGUCAGUAUUGCCUGGAUCUGGGAUGGGAAUCUCAAUAGCCACACCAUCUACACAAAAGCCUCUGGUGUUUGGUGCCAUGAUUCACCGAGACGAAGCCUUUGAGGCCAUCAUCAGCCAGUACACAAAGAUCAUCGGUGCCACUCCCCCUGUCACGGUGACAAACCCGGAAACGUAGAACACGUGCUGAAGCGUUUCGCUGGAGCUCCAGUUUAACAGGGAGUCUUCAGCCGAGGAGCAGCUAUUUCCACUCCUCCUUCUUCUCCUCCUCCUCGAAGAGGUGCAGGGAAACUAAGAAAGAUAUUAAAAAGAGGAAUCAGUGUUUUAAACAUGGCUCCUUGAUGAGAUGAGACAUUUGCACCAGUGUUAAUCGUGUCUCUCGUGAAGAUUCACUGCGUACCACUGCAAUGCUCUUAUGGAACCCGGAGCUGGUUCUCCUCACAAUUUCCUGUCAGGAUUCUAGUCGUUCUUCAUCAUUUCGAUGUCUUAUGUGUCACUCUUCUCACCUAACUUUUAAUCAUGGAGCUGGUUCUCCUUGCUGUUUCUGAGACUGUUCUCACCUGUGUUUCUCUGUGUUCUUCCCUCUUUGCUUUCUACCUUUUUUUUUUUUUUUUUUUUUUAAAUAGUAUUGCUCCUAGCCUUGCACAUAGAGACACGCUGCGGUUCUGGUGCUGAGAUUUAGGGAAUGCCAGGGGCUGAAGCAUCAACUCUAAUGAAGUGUAGGUGCUGCUGCUCUUACAGAAGUGCUCAAACACACACACACACACACACACACACAUACCAUGGCCUUUUGUUUUAAAUCUUUAUGCUGCAAGCUUAGAAUUUUACUUAAAAUUUAUGCUGGAAACUACAAAACAGUACAAACCACGCCCUGUUAAAAACCAUAAUACGCCCUGUAUACAAUCCAUAAUAAUUUAGUGGCAAAUUAGAAUUUUCAUUAUCAGUAAAUGUGAGAAAAUAGACAUUAAACAGACAGAAAGCAACCAGCAUGAUUAUCCUUCUUGGCUGUCCUGCAGCUAUAACAUUCAUAAAUGAAGUUUUUAAUUUUAAUUCAUGUGCAUUUGAAUGCAUCAGUGCAGUAUUUUUAUUUUAUUUUAUUUAAUCAAGCCACAGAAGAAAAGUGCAUUAUGGAAGACUUAAAACGAUUUUAAGAAUGUAUAAAUUGAAAACAUACAGUACUGUGCAAAGAAUCUUAAAACCUCCUCUCAUUUCUUCAUAUUUUGCUUGCAAAGAGGCAGACUUUCUUGUUUAUUUGUUUUUUUUAAGUAAUUUUGAGAAAUCGUUUUCAAGGCUUCGUGGAGAAUUUUUAUUUUAUUUUUAUUUUUUAAAUUCGGCUCUCCUAUUUGGCCAGUUUUUGGCUCUCAUUUUUUGUACCAUGAGCAGUAUCUGAGAGAUGCUAUUUGUUUGUUAAGCCACACAGUGAUCUAUGAAUUAUUCAUGCAUAACACAACCUCUAACGGCAGGCAUGAAGCAGUAAAAAACAGGUGCAGACGAUGACAGGUGAUCAGGCUGGUGUUUAGUAUCCUGGUGAUGCUGAAUGCAUCUGGGUUCGAUUCUCGCCAUGGGGUUUGUGUAUGUUCUAGGGUACUCCGGUUUCCUCCCACAGUUCAACGACAUGCAGAUUAGGCCAAAUUGCCUGUAGUGUGUGUGUGUGUGUGUGUGUGUGUGUGUGUGUGUGUGUGUGUGUGUGUAUGGACGACCCAGAAUGUACACAGGAUAAAGCCGUAUAGACGGUGAAUGAAUCGGGCACAUAGCAGCCUGUCAUGGUGAAACAUUUGUUUCCAUUUCUUUAAUUUAAUCUACAUAAUUUACAAUGAAGAAAUGAGAGGUAGCUCAAGACAGCACAGUCCAUCAAAAGGACAAGUGAAAAAAAAAAUGACCUCUGAGACAUUUCCAGUAUAAACUGGGCUUAAAAUCACAUUGUAAUCUGAUUUCAUUUCACUCUUUGCAGUAUUGGGGGAUAAAAUUCCUCUUCUAUAAAACUGCAUGUGCUGACGCUGUCGCUUCCCAACAAGGUUCCAUUAAAUAAAGAGGUUUCUUUUUCCCUGAUUUAAAAACUGCACUCAAAUAAAUGUACUAAUAUAUAAGGAUCUAAUUUACCUUAUUGCUGUAACAAUGCGUGCCACAUACUGUAAACCGAUCUUUAUUCCUCUAGUCACUGUGGGAAUACCCACUGUUUUGUCUCUGUCCCCAUCCCAUGCAGCUCUCCAGUGUGUAACUGAUGCACCUUAAAUGGUAGCGGCCUCUCCUGCUCGACAUCUGAUGAUAGGGUUAGGAUGAAGAGGGUUCGUUUUCAAAGUAAUCUGUGUUCGCUCUACAUCACCCGUUUUUAUUCAUUAGAUAAGCUCAUACAAUAAGCACAACGGCACUAUAAUGUCUUAUCUCAAACUGAAUGUGUAGGAAGGGUGAAGGAAUAUUCUGCCCGCAUAUAAUUGUUACCAAACUUAAACUACAGCGUGCCCAGUGCUGCAUAUUAGCCGACCUAAACCCUUUGCACAAACAACUGUUCAUCUAAAUGUGUAAGCCGUGGAAAGAAAUACUCCUACUUUUUCUACUAUCUCUGUUCAUUGUGUGUGUACCAUGUUUUUUAGUUUUAAAGACAAAAAUGCCACGUUUUAACAAAACAUAUUUUACGUCAGGUGUCUAACGGCAGUCGUGAACUCCUGUCAAGUCUUUUUUUUUUUUUCCCUUUCUUUCAAAUGUACAUCUAUGGCUUUCCACCAGCAACAAUUAGUUCAUUUUAUUUUUCUUCAAUUGACCUGGCCCUAAAGCAGACUUACAAUGCACAUUAAAUGGAAUGAGCACAAAAAACAUUUUUUUGCAAUUACUAAAGUAGUGCUUAAGUGCAGUAUCCAGAUGCGAUUAUUCCCUUAAGCUAGGGUAUACUCCUGGAUGUAAUCCUGGGUACGAACUGUUUUAUGAGAAUUGUGAAUGGAAAAAAAAUGGUUUUAGUAUGAGAGAGAUUUAAAAAAUCUUUAAAAAAAAGUUUCCCAUUUUUGAACUAUGUAGCAUUAGACUAAAACCGAAAAUUAAAUUUAUUUCCACUUUCAGGUUACUUUUUGUAAUAAGCCACAUCUGUUAAAGUAUCUGGGAACAUCUGGGAACAAAUAUUAAUCCCAUGUCAAGUGUGAAUAAUAAUACAAAAAUCUUUAACUAUAGAAUUUGUUAGUAUGCUGGAGAAAUAUGAGUUUAACAAGAUUUUCAAGUAAACAGUUUGUUUUUUUUUUUUUUUUUGCAUUCUGAUUGAUGUUGAAGUUCUUGUUGAGGUAAUCGCCCAAGUGCUGCUACAGACACUGUAACAAAAAAAUGGAGGCAAACCUUUUUAUGGUCCUAUUUUUACAAUUUCUGCAUCCCAGUUAAUUUACUCGUAGCCUUUU